AUGUUGGACACUAUCGCCUGUGCCGUGCAGGAGCUGGGCAGGCAGGUGUUGCCCACGCUUCCUUCGCUGACCCAAGAGGAAGUCUCUACUAUUUGGGGGCAUGUGUCAGAAUUUGUGGAACAUCAGCUAACUCUGCACAAGGGCGUGCAGAUUCCAGGGCUUGGAAUUUUCACUUUCACAAGACAAAAGCUUGAUGUGGGAAACAACAAAUUUAUUCUAAUUCAGAGGCCCGUAUUUAUUAUGGCAGAGAAGUUAGUACAGCUCCAUGGACUUAAACAAAACAAAGUAUAUAUUCCUGGUGAUAUCCCAAUUAUUCCACUUAAUUUUGUCAUGAUAUCCCUGGAGGGUCCAUUUAACAGGGAUGUAGUGGAAGGAUGUGUGAAGGAGACGUUGCUUUUUUUAUCGCGAUCCAUUUCCACCAAACAAAAUGUGGAGUUUACAUUCAAAGGAAUUGGGGUUCUCAUGAUCAGACACAGCAAAGUGAAGAUGAGAUUUUACAAGGACUUUCUGUGUGCCAUGGAUGGAAGUGGGGCUUUGGUGAAAGCCCUAGCAAAUAGGCCAGGCACUGUGGACUCAGUGUUAUCUAGCACAGAGGCCCUUGGGAAGAGACCCUGCAGUGUGCUUGUAUUUCCAAGGAUUGAUAUCAAGGAGACAGAAAACAAACCACCCAUGGAGACCAUUAUAGAAGAAGGUGGAGAGAAUAGAGCAAGGAAGUGCAAGGUUAAAGAGCACUCGGAUAAAGAAGGCAUCAGAGAGAUUUCAUCACCUAAGAAAUUUAGAGAUAGACAGGCUAUCUCUCCUGCCAAAGUGACAAGUGUUAAUUUGCUGGACAAGCUUGAACAGAGUGGGAAUGGUAGGAAGAAUAUCACCGCUGAAAGAGUUAGUAAGGGAGACUCUGUGAGAGUAUACAGUUUGUCUAAUGUCAGUCAGCUUGAAAUGUGCUAUGUAUGUUUACAACGAGCACAACGAAACUCCCCAUUGUACUAUGGUGAGGAGAGGAAGAGGAGGGAGAUAGAAGAUGAGCGACUCAUACAGCAGUAUCAGAUGUUGAAAGAGCAAGAGGCUCUCUUCAAACAGAAGAUGAAAAGUCUGGCUGCUAGAGAACAGAAUCAGAAAAAUGCUGCCUAUAAUCUUGGAGUUGCUGAAGCUAUACGAAACCACAAGAAUGAAAAACCUGAAUUUUAUAAAUCCUGUAUAUUUGAUAAGCGACCAUUCAGUCCUGAGAUUAACGCUCUUAAGCAGGAGGAAUAUUCCCAAAGUCUCCUGAAACAAAUAGAUAACAGAAGGGAAAAGGAAAUAAAUCAAAGACAAAACAGAGAAUUGAUGGAUCGCCUAGAACAAGUGCAACUUACAGAGGAACUUGCUGCACAAAGGGCCAAAUAUUUGAAAGAUAAGAUGGAAGAAUCCCAGUGUUACAAGAGAGCUUUGGAUGCACAGGUAAAGAAUAAACCUGUCCAACUACCUAUGUUUGAACCAGACUCUUCAGAACACAUCUUUGGUAACAACAGGUGUGAGUUGAUGAUGGAAAGACUUAAUCGAGAACAGAAUUACAUGAAGCACCAGCUGGAAGCAGCUGCUGGCCACAAGAGGAGAGCCAUUCUGAAACAACUGGUGGAUCAGAAGCGGGAUUUGCAAAUGCUGGAAAGGACGCACAAAGAAUUCUUGGCAGACAGAACUGCUGAACUGGAGCGAGUGAAUAGAGUCAACCAGUGCUUACAGGAGGACUGGGAAAGGAGUGCUGAGAUGAAGAGGCAGAGGGACCUGGAGGAGAAGGCUUUUGAGAGGGCUUCAGACAAGCUGUUCCUUCUGGACCAAUGCAAGAAAUAUCGGCGCUGCAAGCAGUGCCAGAGGUGCACCUCCAACGUGGGCCAGAGCAACCUGUGGCCCCCGAACAAGCACCUAUAUGGCUCCCGGUUGCUUGUGUAA